AUGGGAAAUUUGACAAAGAUACGUAACAGGCCUGUGGAUUUGAUAAAAGAAGAUGGAGCACGGGAAGAUGUUUUGAACGGAUGUCGUCAGUUUAAUGAAGCUUGGCGUAAGUUUGCGAAUGUUCAUAAAAAUUAUUUACAGUUGUUGAGAGAAUAUUGUGGUUGUGACGCUUGUCUAUUAGAUAAGGUUGUAAAAAGUUAUGCCAAACAAAUGGAGCGAAAACUUAAUCUUGAUCUUUCUGUGAAGUCAUGGCUGGAAAAGAAUGAAUCAGGGCGAGUAGGAGUUGAAGGCAAUCGGGGUGUAGUUUCGGAGAAAGCAAGCAAAGAUGGGCAUAGCGUGGUUUCCAGAUCAAGUUCGAGAUUAUCCUCAGUGUCUCAAAAGAGGGAGAAACUAGCUCUAGUUCAGCUAAACCUUCACAGACUUAAAUUUAAGCAAUUAUUGGAUGAAGACGCACUAGCUAUCAGAGCAAAAAAAGAAUUAUUAGAAGCCGAAAAGGAGGCAGAAAAGGCAGCUGUAUCAGGAAAACAGACAUCGAUGAAGAUCUUUUGCCCUAUUUGUGCCCCACUUCACUACAAGUUCCUAGGCAGAAAAGUGCAGCAUAAACUAGUGAGACCAAUUUGGAACAAAAAGCUCAAUCAAGUUUAUCUGUGACAAACCCUACAAGCAAGAGUACUAGCCACUCCUGGGCCCCUCUUCCCUCAUUCACACCAUCAUUGUUUCCUAAAUGUUCUUGGGGAGGUAAUGCAGUGAUUAAACAGUCAAGAGAUUCAUUGAGUGCAAGACAAACUUCUUCCAUUAAUGUUACGUUGCAAAUCGAACUUCAUGUAAGCCUACACAGACGGUGACUAGUCAGUGUGUUAAAGAAUCUUGGUGUCCAAACAGAGAAAUUGCUGAAUUUACCCAACCUUAAGAAUGCGGAUGGAGCGUUUCUGUUAGAAUUUGGAAGGCAAUUGAAUACCAAUUGAAUACCAAUUGAAUUGUAUAGCACUAAAACUAUAGAAGAAUAUUCAAAAGCGCUUUACAUUAAGUUAAAAUUAAUGAAUAAAUAAUAAAUAAAAAAUUUAAAAAUCCCUGAAAGCUAUGAUUAUAAUAACAAUAAUAUGUUAUGCUAUGGUAAAAUCAAAAAAAUUAGAUUCGAAAAUUCCAAACUAAAUUAAAAAUUAAAUAUUAGAACUAUUCCAACAAAUUAAAAGCUUUCUUAAAAAAAAAUGUUUUAAGUUGCUUUUUAAAAAUGGCGAGUAUGCUACUUGUUCUUAUAGUUAAUGGCUGCGAGUUCCAUAAAACAGGUGCAGCAUGAGCAAAGGCCCGAUCCCCAAGUGUAGAGCAGUUGACUUUUGGAACGAACAGAAGAGAUUGUGCAGACGAACGAAGAGCAUAAUUAGCAGCUGGUUUCAGGGAUAAAAGAUCUUUAAUGUAGAAUGGACUUUGGUUGUGCAAUGACUUGUAAACAAAAAGGAGCAAUUUGAACUGAACUCUAAACGUUACUGGAUGCCAAAUGUAAGUCGAUAAAAGCGGGUGUGAUAUGAUCAAAUUUCGCAAUCUGAAAAGUCACUCUAACCGCGGCAUUCUGAACUUUCUGUAAACGAUGAAGUUGAUAUUUACGUAGACCAAAUAGAAGUGCGUUACAGUAAUCAAGGUGCGAAGAUACAAAGGCAUGGAUCAGUGUCUGUGGAUUGCACGGCAAGGAAUUUUCUGAUCUGUCUUAUGUUGUAUAGUCCGCGAAAAGCCUUGCUACAAGUCUUGCCUAUGUGAAUAUUCGUUCGCAUACGAGCAUCGAACCAGGACCCAAGGUUCCGGACGCUUUCUAAAGGUUUAAUGACGGUGUCACCAAUGAUAGUAGAUUCAACAGAUGUUUUUUUCAAGUUGUUGAAGGGUGCCAAUAAUUAGAAAGUCAGUUUUCGCGUCAUUGAUCAUUAAACGAUUUCCAGUAAACCAAGAGCGAACAUCAGCGAUGCACUUUUCAUUUAUAGAGACAGUGUUAAUUUCCGAAUGGAUAGAACAAGGUCGGAAGGAGAGGUAAAUCUGGGUGUGAUCAGCAUAGCCACGGACGGAAGGGAGGUGCUGAGAAAUAAUGUUAAAGAGGCAGGAAACGUAGAGAGUAAAUAAAACAGGCCCCAUACAACUGCCCUAGGGGACUCCACAGUUCAGAUUGAAGUCGUCAGAAGUCUUAUCACCGACAAGUAUACGUUGUUUGCAACCAGACGGAAAUGAGUCGAACCAAUUUAAGGUGUUUCGAUACAGUUUUUCAGAGGCGAUACCGAUAUUUUUCAAUCGCCUUAAAAGUGAUUUUUUCCUUGUCCGAUCGCUAUAAAAUUUUUACCAGUAAUUGGCUAUGGAUUGAAAUAUGUGAAAAUGUAGUUUUAAAUAAAAUCGAUAUUACUAUGACAACAAUAAACAAAAAACUUUGAAAUUGAUAAAAGCCAAAUUUUGUGUGAUCUAGACCUGCUACUGAAAAUCCAACACUAGGAACUUAAAGUUUGGUGUUUAGCAAACAAUCUCCGUAAGAAGUAAAAAAUUCUGUAUGUUUGAAUUCGACUAAAACGAAAAAAUAUUUCAAACCUUAAACUUUCAAUAGCCGUGAUAGGUUAUUUAAUAAAAACGUUAUAAAUGACUCAAAUUAUUCUUAAGUAGCAUAAGAAUGAUGCUUAAUAUCAUAUUUUGAUGCUAGGAAAUUUUGGUGUACUUUCGUUCAUGCGAUCUUGAAAUCUAACCCGUUUUCUCACCACCUGUAUAAGUGUAACUUCAUUCAGAAUUUGGACUUUUAGCGCUUUCUUGUAUAUCUCCAAAACGACUCGAACGAAUUUUUUUAAAAUCUCUUCACAUAAUCUUCAUAAUGUAUAUAAAAAUGUCUGAAACUUUCAUUAAGAUUGAUUCACUGCAGCACCUUGAAAUUUCAGGACAAACUUAUCCUACGAACCGGACAAAAAUCUGCGUUACAACAUUCACUGUUUUGACGUUAUGCUAAUUUUUCCAAAAUAAUGCGCACUAUACAUACCUCCAUGACUAGUACAUUUUAGUUUGAAUUUAUCGCAUCUUUUGAAUGUAAAACAUUGACAAUACUCACACUGAAAUGUACUAGUCAUGGAUAUAUGUAUUGUCCGCAUUAAUUUGGAAAAAUUAGCAUAACGUCAAAACAGUGAAUAUUGUAACGCAGAUUUUUGACUGGUUCGUAGGAUAGGUUUCUCUUGAAAUUUCAAGGUGUUGCAGUGAAUCAAUCUUAAUGAAAGUUACAGACAUUUUUAUAUACAUUAUGAAGAUUAUGUGAAGAGAUUUUAAAAAAAAUUCGUUCGAGUCGUUUUGGAGAUAUACAAGAAAGCGCUAAAAGUCCAAAUUCUGAAUGAAGUUGCACUUAUACAGGUGGUGAGAAAACGGGUUAGAUUUCAAGAUCGCAUGAACGAAAGUACACCAAAAUUUCCUAGCAUCAAAAUAUGAUAUUAAGCAUCAUUCUUACGCUACUUAAGAAUAAUUUGAGUCAUUUAUAACGUUUUCAUUAAAUAAUCUAUCACCGCUAUUGAAAAUUUAAGGUUUGAAAUAUAUUUUCGUUUUAGUCGAAUUCAAACAUACAGAAUUUUUUACUUCUUUCGGAGAUUGUUUGCUAAACACCAAACUUUAAGUUCCUAGUGUUGGAUUUUCAGUAGCAGGUCUAGAUCACAUAAAAUUCGGCUUUUAUCAAUUUCAAAGUUUUUUGUUUAUUGUUGUCAUAGUAAUAUCGAUUUUAUUUAAAACUACAUUUUCACAAAUCUCAAUCCAUAGCCAGUUACUGGUAAAAAUUUUACAGCGAUCGGACAAGGAAAAAAUCACUUUUAAGGCGAUUGAAAAAUAUCGGUAUGGCCUCAUGAAAAACUGUAUCGAAACACCUUAAGGCAGUUCCGACGACUCCAAAAUCCUUUUGCGAAAUAUUCAGAAGAACAGAAUGUUCAAUGGUAUCAAAAGCAGCACUUAGGUCCAAAGUACCAGAAGUGUCAAUUCCUUAUUAUCCAUACUCAUUAAGAUGUCGUUUUGAACCUUUAUUAGAGCAGUCUCUUGAACUUGAAACUUGUCAAGAUUUUCCUUCAUGAUUUCAACUUUUUGAGGAAGAAGGUGCCAAAUUCGUUUGAUAACUUUAAGGGAUCAUCGUGCUCUGGAAGAGCCGUCUCAAGUGGUUCCCUACACUGGACAAAGAAUAAACCACUGGAAAUAGCUUGCGAGAGUCACCCGCACACUGAUCAAUUAGGUUUGAAUAAUAAUUCACACUUGCAGAUUUAAGAAGUGCAGAGUACUGAUUACGAACUUUUAUGGUAAUUAUUCCAGUCGCCAGGGAGGUCAGUUUUCAAGGCUUUCUUUUCAAGGCGACGACGUUUACGCUUGCGUUGUUUAAUGUCAUCAUUAAACCACGGGAUCUUUGGACGAUUUAUCAUAAUCCUUCUUUUAAGCGGGGCAUGCUUGUCCAAAAUGUCAGUGAGGGUACGGUCAUGUUAAAGCAGUCGGAGAGUGCAUCAAUGUUGUCCCAGUGUACGCUUGCACAAAGCAUAGAAGAGGCAACAUCAGCUGAGAAUUCGGCAAUAUCAAUAUUUUUGAGUUUACGAAAAGUCAGUUCUUUGUAUGAUAAAGCUGGUCGCGGGAAGCGAAUAGGACACUGA